AAAAUAAACAAACAAAUUCAUCCUUUUUCCUUUUCAUUUAGCUCUCUCUGUUUGUGGUUUGUGGUCUCUCUCUCUUCUAUCUUCUCCAAAACGUCUUUAGCUUAUUCUCUGGUUUGCUUUCUCUCCAACAAAACUUUAAUCUUCACUGCAAAAAAAGAAAGACUGAAACUUUGAGUGAUUUGGUUUGCUUGCUUGCUUCUUGUUUCUUUUGUUUUUCUUAACUCUCAUUCUGCGUGUUCGCUUACACAUAUGAUGAAAAGCCAGACAGAUAAAUAGUUAAAGAUGUGUGCUUUGAGUGUAGAUUUUGAGAAGUGGAGGAGUUUUUGUUGCAGUGGAGUUCACUCAACCUCAGGAGGUUCACCAUGGUGGGAUCCCAAAUGGAAACAAACAUGAUUCGUGGUUCCUCCGAUUCCCGUUACUUGCAGAAAUUCAGACUCUAUGAGACUCGCUCGAAUUUUUAUAUGAUUGGAGGAGACAAGAACAGAACCCUUUGGAGGGUGUUAAAGAUUGAUCGUUUAGAGCCAUCUGAACUCAUUGUUCUUGAAGAUUCUACAACAUAUUCAGAAAGUGAAUGCUGUGAUCUGCUAAGGCGAAUACAUGAAGGCAACAAGUCAACGGGUGGACUUAAAUUUGUCACUAUUUGUUACGGAAUUGUUGGGUUCAUUAAAUUUUUGGGACCCUAUUACAUGCUGCUGAUAACAAAAAGAAGGAAGAUUGGUGCAAUUUGUGGCCAUACAAUUUAUGCUAUAACCAAGAGCGAGAUGAUUCCUAUUCCAAAUUCUACCGUGCGGUCCAAUAUGACUAGCUCUAAGAACGAGAACAGAUACAAGAAGCUCCUAUGCACGGUGGACCUUACAAGAGACUUCUUUUUCAGCUACUCCUACAAUGUCAUGCAUAGUCUCCAGAAGAAUUUAUCUUUUAACGAGACAGGACAAAUUCACUAUGAAUCAAUGUUUGUUUGGAAUGAAUUCUUAACUCAAGGAAUUCGAAAUAACCUCAAGAAUACUCUAUGGACGGUGGCAUUAGUACAUGGCUUCUUUAAACAGGUCAAAAUUUCAGUAUCUGGCAGGGAGUUUAAAUUGGCUCUAAUUGCUAGACGAUCACGGCAUUAUGCUGGCACAAGAUAUCUAAAACGAGGCGUGAAUGAGAAGGGUAGAGUAGCUAAUGAUGUCGAGACAGAACAGGUUGUGUUUGAAGAUGUUUCUGAAGAACAGCCAGUGCAAAUAAGUUCUGUUGUGCAGAAUCGGGGUUCAAUCCCGCUUUUCUGGUCGCAGGAAUCCUCACGACUGAAUCUUAAACCUGACAUUAUGUUAUCAAGGAAGGACCAAAAUUUUGAGGCAACAAAACUUCAUUUUGAAAAUCUUGUGAAGAGAUAUGGAAAUCCAAUAAUUAUUUUGAAUUUAAUAAAGUCGCAUGAAAAGAAGCCUCGUGAAACAAUACUUGGGGCUGAGUUUGCAAAUGCCAUCAGAGUUAUCAAUCAAAGUUUAUCUGAGGAGAAUCGUCUGAAGUUCCUACACUGGGAUUUGAAUAAACAUUCUAGAAACAGAGCUACAAAUGUCCUAGCACUUCUUGGAAGAGUCACUGCCUAUGCAUUGAAUUUAACUGGGAUCUUUUAUUGUCAAGUCAUGCCAAGUUCAAGCUCCAAGGGAUUGUUAAAUGGGUCCUGCUUUGAGGAACACGAUGGUGACUGUUCUCUUGAAAACCUGUCCAAUGAAAAUGGCAAUGUCGGCAAGUUGGAUUCAGAAAUUACCAAAGCUGAUUGUGAUGCAAAUCGAAAUCAGAGUAUCAAGGUUCCAAUGUUCCAAAACGGGGUUUUAAGGACCAAUUGCAUAGACUGUUUAGAUCGCACAAAUGUUGCACAAUAUGCCUAUGGAUUGGUGGCUCUUGGACAUCAGCUGCAUGCACUUGGAUAUAUGGAAUAUCCAAAUAUUGAUCUGGAUAAUCCUUUAGCGGAGGAUUUAAUGAGGAUUUACGAGACAAUGGGCGACACACUUGCACUGCAGUAUGGUGGGUCCGCUGCUCACAACAAGAUAUUUUCUGAGAGAAGAGGUCAGUGGAAAGCAGCAACUCACUCCCAGGAAUUUUUUAGAACUCUACAACGUUAUUACAGCAAUGCCUACAUGGAUGCUGAGAAACAAGAUGCUAUUAAUGUGUUCCUGGGUCAUUUCCAGCCACAGCAGGGAAAACCAGCACUGUGGGAAUUGGAUUCAGAUCAGCAUUAUGAUGUUGGAAGGCGUGGUCCUGAUUUAGUUGAGCAUGCUAGGUCACUCAUUAAAAGAUCACUCUCUGAUGGCAAUCUUCCCUGUGAAAGUGAGUCGCUUGUAUCAGCUGCCAGUGUUGGAUACAGUAAAUCUUUAUCUGAAAAGGAGGGUGGAGUUAAUAAGGGUCUUUCAGACUCAACUCCGGAGAUACCAGCUUGUGAAAUUGACAUAUCAUAUUCCAGGUACAUUCCCUCAAUGCCUUGCAGGAAGAUAUUUGAAGAUGAGGAAUGCCUAUACUUUGAAAGUGAUCAUAUUUGCUAUGAUGAACAUGGGGAUGCUUGUAGCUUCUCAAAUUUCCUUGAUAAGGAGUGGCUUUCCUCAUCUGGGAAUUCGUGUGAAGAUCUAUGUGAUAGGUCUAUUGCUGGCCUAUCGUCUGAGAAUCUUGCAAAUGAUCUGAAAAUAGAAACCAGAACAUCUGCUACAGAGUCUGGAUCUAGCUUGAAGGGAGGAAGUCAAACUGGGACCUAUCUUUCUUCUGAUGACCUUAAGGGUGGAUUUUCAGACCACUUCGUGCGGUGGGUAAUGUAUGGGGAGAUGCUGUCCCAUUGAAGCUGAACUCCAAUUUUCCAUCACAUCAUUCAUUUGAGCCAUAAUCCGUUGAAUCCCAUCCGAAGGAUGUGGAUUUCACCACAGAAAAUAAGGAUCAACCUACAGAUAUCAUUUAUUGAAGCAGAAAGUAGUUCUUGGAUCGUGUAAAGACUCGCUGCAUCUUGUUCAAUUGCACGCCUCCAGAAAGGCAUGAUUGAGAGGGUAAAUAGCUUAGCUAAAUUCAUUUGGAUCUCUCGGGUCCAUUUCCUUUAGGCUCCAAAAUAAUGAUUUUCAAAACCACCCUGUAUAUACUUGCAUAUAUCUAGCGAAUACAACGGGCAGUUCUCAACUGUUACAGUCAAA